AUUGGUAGCCGAAUCGUCUGCUAUUGUUAACAGUGAUAAUUGCAACAAAAAAGAUUUCACUCUCUCAUCAAAAACUCACUCAAAAGAAAAUAAAGCAUCAAUAGGAUACUUUUUCCGUAAUAGAUUUACUAUUGUAACAGUAAAUAUUUAAACAUUUUCAGCGAUCUACUAGGCCUUUUCAUUCGCUGAAGAAUUUAUGCGAAUAUGACAUAUAGCAAAUAUUAUUACUCUAUCAAAUUUAGUUUUCUAUAUAACGGUUUACGAAACUGGCCUCAGUCUGAAACAUUUUAUUAUUUAACACUUGCAAUUAUUAGUUUAUCUUUUCGCAAAACUUGCUAGCUAGCUUCUCUCUUUUUUUGCUUACGAUACUGGAGACUAAUGGUUUAUUAUUUAUUAACUAAGUAAUAAUAAGGUUCUAACAAUUAUAUUCUCUUCCAUUGAGAUCUUCCGUAAAGACAGUUCCACCUCAAUGAGCCUUUACAAAUACCAACAGUUCUAUAAAAAAGAGCCUGAACACCAAACACGAACUCGAAAGAGGCCAUAUAUUUUCCCACCUUAUUGCUGUGUAUAAACUUUUGUCAUAAAAUUUAUUUUCUCAGUUAUAGACAUGCCAGCGGUUCCAGGACAACCACAUACUCCGACUUUACAUCCUAGGACUAGGCCUGAGGCGAAUGAAUGGGCCCUAAAGAUGAGACAAACGAAUGAUUGGUUUAGGCAUGAUGGACAUAAUGUAGAGGAGAGGAAACAAUUGCCAAGGAAACUUCAUACCGAAAAAGCUUACGAAAUAGCGGAUAAAGCUAGAGGUGCUGCUGAUGAGUGGUUCGCACACAAUCCUAAUAGGCCUGCUGUAAAACCGCAGAGGACCCGAUGUCGAAGUGCAACGCCUAGAGAGGAUGAAACUGGAAAGUGGUUUAAAUUCAGUGAUAACGAGAAUUAUCAUACACCUAGAGCCAAGCAUCGGCUAACUGAAUCUCUAGGCUUUGAGGUUAAAGAAAAGUCAAAAGGCCAAAGUGAUCAGUGGUACAGACAUGAGCAUCUUGACACGCCUGAGACAUUCGUUAAACAUAGGAGUCCUACAAAAGAGUGCAGGAAGAAUCUUGAUAAGAUGAGGGCUAGUGCUGACUGGUAUAUUCACAAUCCCUCUAUAACUGAAGUACCUGAUCAAAAACUUAGUGCCAGACUUGCAGACAGAGAAGCAAAAACCUACUUGGACAGAAAUAAGCAAGGAUCUGUAUCUGAAUGGUUCAGCCACGAUCACGCUGACAACGGUAGUGACGCUCAAUCAGCGCCUGUACCUUCUCCCAGACCAAAUGUGAAUUCGGAUUCAAAAGAGUGGUUUAGUCAUGAAAAUUUUCCAAAAUCUGAGCCAAAAUCAAAAAGAGUACCUUGUGAAAUCGACAAGUUAUUGAAUCAAAAUAGAGAGAGCGAUGAAAUGUACGCUGAGUAUGUAUCAAGAGUAAAGCCCGAAGCUAGAGAGUGGGCCCAAAGGAGUGUGAAGGGUCUUAUGGAAAGACUUUUGGUUCAUGAUCCUACAGCUUCUCCUGCGGAACCUAAUGCCCCUAGAGCAGUAAAACCAGAAGCCAGAAAAACUUUCGAAGAAAACAAAGGACAAAUGGCAAAAGUUUUGGAUGGACAUCCAGCACCUCCUCUGAAAAAGAGCAAUGUUGGCCGAUCAGUUAAGCCGGAAGCGGCUGAAACGGCAGGAAAGCACUCAGGAGGAGACAUGAAGAAAGUUUUAGAGGACCAACCAGCAAGCCCUGGAAAAUUCGUUGGAGCAGCAAGAGCAAUCCCAGCAGAGGCUAAGGAUUGGGCGGAAAGAAACAAAGGUACAGUUGGACAAGUACUAACGGGUAGUAACGAUUUAGAGUUAGCUGGAAAACCUGCACCAAAAUUGGGAUCAAACAGCGGAAGGGAAAUUGCGAUGAAACACAGAGGAACGGCAGGACCAGUUAUCUUCAGCCAGCCAGUUCCUGCUAAGUAAUUAACAACAACGUUUUUAGAAAUUCCUUAAUUAAGUCUUAAACUGAUCAGCCAUUAUUGUAAACAUUUGAUUAAAUUUUUUCUUUUUGUAAGUAAAACGUUUUUAGCUCCGUUUGAACUUAACGAUCCUAGCUUGUCUUUUUUUCUCUGGCAAACAUUCCAUGAAAACUCAAAAAUUAAACUAUUGUCUUUUUCUUUAGAUGCUUGUUUUUAAUAAAGUAAAAUUAUAACUUGA